UUAUUUUAAUCAUUUACAACUUAUUGUUUUGGUUGACUAAGCCUAACUUGUAUUAAUUAUUGUUUAUAAAUCAUUUAUUUAAUUAACAGUGUGUGUGUUAUUUUGAAUCGAAUAAAAUGUCUAGGGUAUCCGAGGUACUUCAAAGAUAACGCUUAAUCGAUUUAUAAAGGACACCUGACUUUACCCAAAGAGCUUCCGAAUGCCAGUAGUUUGAUUUAUUAUGGCACGAUAAAGUUAAAAUAACAUUUUUAUAGGGAAAUUAUGGCGGUCAAGUGGGGAUUUGGAUUUCUUUUGGUGGUGAUAGGAUGUAUUGUUUCAGUUUACGCACAAGGCAACCAGGAGUAUGUUUCGAAAAUGACACCCACUAAUUCCAGCGACGGGGAAGUUUCGGCUGUUCAUAUAUCCGACUUACUUUACUCACAAAGUAUAAACCCCUUUGGAAUGUCCUUGGACAAUAAAAACUAUGAAAAUCUACUAGAAACCACCACAAAAUCGAGCGACGAUGAUGAGUUUCCGCCGUUCCUAACUCCGGAACAACAAAGAAACGGGGGAGUGGUGUUGUGCUUUAUCGUAGCAAUUUAUUGCUUUACACUUCUGGCCAUUGUUUGCGAUAAAUACUUUAUUCCCUCCAUUGAACGGUUGUGUGAAGUUUUAGAUAUACCUGCGGAUGUUGGAGCAGCGACUUUUAUGUCAGUGGCGACCUCAUGUCCCGAGCUAUUUACGAACAUUAUAGCAACCUUCAUUACUGGAUCAGAGCUUGGAAUAGGGACUAUCGUUGGGUCUUCUAUGUUUAAUUCCCUUGGGGUCGCUUCUAUUGGUUCUUUGGCCGCUAUAAGGCCUAUAAAACUUGACUGGUGGCCAGUAACCCGAGACGUCUUUAUUUAUAUCGUGGCCAUUUCGGUUCUAAUCGGAAUCGUAUGGGAUGCUCGUAUAUACUGGUACGAAGCACUGGUUCUCUUCAUCCUUUACUUCGUUUACUUCAUCGUCAUGUUUCAAAACACUAGAAUAUCCAGGUUUGUUCGGAGACAAGUGGAUCGGUUUCAGAAUAGGUCGGCUGUCGAUGUCAUCUCAAGUGAAAAUGGGAAAGACAAGGAAUUUAGAGAAAAAGAGUUUAGUAGAGACUCAGUGAGGGCUUCAGUAGCGUCUGCUUUCGGUACAUACGCUGAGGAAGCUAGAAGAUCCGCAUAUGAACAUCCGGAUGACUAUAAGAAGCAACGACAAGUUCAGGAGGAGCAAGAAAUAAACUCAAUUAAGAAGAGUCCAUUCAUUAUACCGGAGGGAGGAUGGUUCGUUAAAUUUAUGUUCUUUUAUACGUGGCCAAUCAAAAUGGCUCUGAGGUGCACCUUACCUAAUCCGAAAAUCCAUCCGAAGUUGUGGUCAAUCACUUUUUUGAUGUGCAUUAUUUGGAUCGGAGCCAAUUCUUAUAUGGUGUCCUGGAUGGUUUCUAUUAUUGGUGAUGUCUUUAACAUACCCUCCACUGUACAAGGUAUGACUUUUAUGGCAGCCGGUGGGUCUUUACCAGAGUCAAUUUCAAUCGCUAUUAUGGCCAGAAGGGGUGAAGGUAAAAUGGGCGUGUCAAAUUCCCUGGGAGCCAACACGAUGAACAUCCUCUUCUCCCUAGGGAUGCCCUGGUUCUUUAAGACCAUGACGAUGGGUAUAAACAACGAUUCAUUUAUCGGGAUUGAAUCGGGCUCUAUAGUAUAUACAAUAAUGUCCCUUAUAUUGGUCGGACUCAUUUUAUAUGUCACACUUAUAUUCAAUAAGUUUACACUGUCAAAGGUUACAGGAUGUAUUUUGGUUGUUGUAUAUAUCAUUUGUAUUGUGCUAGCGUGUCUUUCGGAAAUGGUGUUCUUUAAGUCAUAGUAUAUGUUGUAUUUUUUAUAUAAUGUUCCUUGUUUUGUUAUAUAAUAAGUCAGGCAUUAGCAGUUGUAUGGUACUGUGAUUCCGAUUGAUCAUAAUAUACUCAGGUGUUUGGGAAUUUUGAACAUUUUAUGGUCAAACUUGUAGCGUAUGGAGUGCUCGUUUCGAACUUUAGUUGGAUUGAUCUAAAGACUAUUGUAAUACUAUGUAUUUUAUUAAGGGAUGUUGUUUAUAUAUGAAGAUUAGGCAAAGAAUUUGAUCAAAUCAAUUUGGAAUUAAAAAUAUCAAUUUUCUAGAUCAGACUCUCACCUCCUAAUUAGGUUAUUUACUUUUAAUAAAAAAAAUGUUUUUUUUUUAAAUUUUAAUAUUAAAAAUAACUUUAUUUCUUGUAAAGUGUCUCAUGACUCAAGUAUAUUUAUCAACGUUUUGUUCAAUAAAAGAGCCAUAGUUACGAAAAAAAGCCAUGAUGAUGGCUCCUUUUCAUACGAAACGUCGAUUAAAAAAAAACAUUUUUUUUAUAUUUCUCUUGAAUUUUUGGACAUAAUUCAAAUUUGGCAACUCUGUAAACACAAUUUUAUUAUUGUUAUUUUUACAGCAGUCGAUAUAAUAAUAUGUUUUGGAACGUCGACGUUUCGAUCGAAAAAAUUAAUCGUCAGGAAAAAUAACAACUUGACUAUCAUUGAUUUGCUGUUUGUAAUACGUACCUGUAUUUUUUAUUAAUUAAUUUAUUUAGUUUUACCUAUAAAAUUGUUUUUUCAGUUAUAUAUAUUUUUUCCGCAUAAAUUUUUAAUUUUUCAUAAAUUGACGGAAAUUUAAUUCAUUUAUUUUUUUUAAUAUUCCCUUUAAAUUUUUACCAAUUACUAAUAAAAACCUUGACCAUGGCUCUUUUUUCGUACGAAACGUCAAUAAAAAAAAAAUAAUUUUAUAUAUUUUCCCUUGAAUUUUGGAAAAGAAUUAAAAUUUGGCAACUGUGUAAAAGCAAUUUUUUAAUUCUGUUAUUUUUUACACACCGACGUUUCGAUGUAAAAUAUUCAUCUUCAGGAAAAAUACCAAUUUUGUUACUAAGAAGUUCAAAUCUAAUAGACACUCCUAUUAAAGAAUAUAUACAGGGUGUGUCAAAGAGUAGACUUGACAUCAAAGUUUAAGCAUCAUCGAUUUUUUUUUACUGAAUGUAUUUUUUUUUAAUUAAUUAAUUUACUUUUAAUUAUACAAUUGUUUUUUCAGUUAAAUAUUUUUUUUUUCUGUAUAAAAUGAUAAUUGUGACAAGUUUUACAUUUUUAAUUUUUAUUUUUAAUAAUUUUUUAUUAUUUUGAGAAUAGCAUAUGACUCAAUUAUUUUUACCAAAUAUUAAUAGAAACCUUGAGGAUGGCUCUUUUUUCCUACGAAACGUCGACUAAAAAAAAAUAUUUUUUUUAUAUUUUACCUUGAAUUUUGGAAAAAAAUUCAAACUUGCCAACUUUGUAAACGCAUUUUAUGACUACUAUUUUUUACACAUCGACGUUUCGAACCAAAAUAUCCACCUUCAGGAAAAUUACCAAUAAGUUGAAAGGUAAAUUAUACAGGGUGUGUCAAAAAGUAGAUUUAAUAUCUAAAGCUGGAUUAUAGUAUCGAUGUCUUGUUUUUAAUACGUACCUGUAUUUUUUAUUAAUUAAUUUAUUCAAUUUUAAUUAAAAAAUAAUUUUUUCUCUCUAUUGACAUAUUUUUUAUAAUAAUUUUUAAUUCCCUUUAAAAUUCUAGCUUUCUAAAAUUAAUAUGACUGAAGUGUUUUUGCCAACGUUUCGUACAAAAAUGGAUCAUCGUCAAGGACUUUUUUUCUUAAUGAUGGCUUUUUUUUCGUACGAAACGUCGACCAAAAAAAAAUCAUAUUUUUCUAUUUUGCCUUGAGUUUUGGAAAUUAAAUCAAAUUUGGCAACUCUGUAAACGCAAUUUAAUUUUUGCUAUAUUUUACAAAUCGACGUUUCGAUCCAAAAUAUUCAUCUUCAGGAAAAAUUCCACCACUUACCAAUAAGUUGAGAAUUAAAUUAAGAGAUUUUCAUCCCUUUAAUAAGGAGUAUAUACAGGGUGUGUCAAAGAGUGUAUUUGACAUCAAAUAUUGACUAUCAUUAAUUUUUUUUUCUAAUACGUACCUGUAUUUUUUAUUAAUUAACUUAUUUACUUUUAAUUAUAAAAUUGUUUUUCAGUUAUAUAUUUUUUUUCGCAUAAAAUUAUAAUUGGGUCAAUUUCUUAAUUUUUUUAUAUAUUGACGGAAAUUUGAAUGUUUUAAUUUUUUUUCUUAUAUUUUUUAAAUCUUUUUAAAUUUUUACCAAUCAUUACUUAAAACCUUGACGAUGGUUCUUUUUUCAUACGAAACGUCGACCAAAAAAAAAAAAUUUUGUUUUUUUUCCCUUGAAUUUUGGAAAAAAAAUCCAAUUUGGCACCUCUGUAAACGCACUUUUAUUAGUGCUAUUUUUUACACAUCAAAGUUUCGAUCCAAAAUAUUCAUCUUCAGGAAAAAAUUCCACCACUUUUAAAUUCUUUUUCUUAUUUUUUAUUAAUUAAUUUAUUCACUUCUAGCUAAAAAAAAUAUUUCUUUCUCUCUAUUGACACAAUUUUUAAUUCCCUUUAAAAUUUUAGCAUAAUAUGACUCAAGUAUUUUUACCAACGUUUCGUACAAAAAAGAACCAUCAUCAAUGCUUUUUUUCAUAAUGAUGGCUCUUUUUUUGGACGAAACGUUGAAAAAAAUAUAGUAAAAAAGGAAGUAAAAAAAAUUAUUUAAUAAAAAAAUAAAUUAAUAAGUAUCAAUACAAGAGCAACUAAAUAUUUAAAAUAAAAAUAUGCUUAUCAACUCUGUAAGCGCACUUUCAUUACACAUAAAACGUCUCGAUCCAAAUAAAUUCAUCUUCAGGCAAAAUUUUCAUUAUGCCCUUGACUAAAAUUAAAACUGAGCUGGCACAAAAAAAAAUCAGCAUUUCUACCUGAAGACGAAUAAUCUGGGUCGAAACGUUGACGUUUCAAAACUUGUUUUUUAUUAGAUUAUUUAAAAAAAAAAGGUGAAGAUGAUCUUAGAGGAGCCAAACGUCGAACUUUAAUUAGCCAACUCUUAAUAAAAUUUGAUCGAAUUUUUUGCUAUUUUAAGACCCUUUACGCACUAGAGAUCAAGUUGCACCUUGAAAGGAAAAAAUUUUAAUUAAUUUUUAAUGACCCUCUUUCUUUACCAUUUUCCAUUAAAAUUAAUUUAUUAUUUAAUUGCAUUAAAUUUAAUUUCAUUAAGCGACAAUUGUUGCUCAACUUGGUCUUUAGGCCCUACGGGCAUUAUAUCAACCAAUAUAAGUUUCUUAUUAUUUUGCAAAAUAUGACUAAUUAUUGUAAAUACUCAUCGAAUGAGUUCUAAUUAGGUAAAGGACCCUUGUGAUAUUUGUAACCUCAUGUGACCUCAUAUUCUGUACAUAAGUAUAUGGAUUUUUUGUUAUAUGUUUGUUGAAAAUAAUUAAAAAAAAAUAAAAUGUUAUUUAUUUA